AUGGCCGUUUCAAGCCUCCACCGCGUCUUCACCUUCGAGUGCCGCUCCGAUCCCGACUUCGCCUCCCUCCCCUCCACCGAAAACCUCCGCAGCACCCCUCGCCAUUUCCCCGCCGCCUCUCUCUCCUCCGCCUUCUACGGCGUCUCAUCUCCCAUCCUCCGUUUUCCCCCAAACUUUCAGCGUCAGCUAAGUACCAAAGCUCGCCGUAAUUGCAGCAACAUCGGUGUCGCGCAAAUCGUCGCUGCUUCGUGGUCUAAUGAAGGUGCCGGCAGCCCCGCCUCUGGGGCGAAUCCGGUGCCGGCCGUUGCGUCACCUGUUGAUGCUGCGACGGCGCCGAUCCCCUUGGACCUCGACGCCGAUGACGAGAAUGUUGUCGAUGCCGCGGGAAAUGGGGCUGUACAGACUAACCGUAGAUCUUAUUCUUCGUUUUUGAAAACCGAUGCAAGCAAAACGAUUCAUGCCGCUGAAAGACUUGGUAGGGCUAUUGUGACUGAUGCAAUUACCACUCCUGUGGUGAACACUUCUGCCUACUUUUUCAAGAAGACUGCCGAUCUUAUUGAUUAUAAGGAGAAACGUCUGGCUAGUUAUGAAUAUGGGCGCUAUGGAAAUCCGACCAGUACUGUUUUAGAGGAGAAAUUGAGUGAACUGGAAGGGGCUGAGUCAACUGUCUUAUUGGCAUCUGGAAUGUGUGCUAGCAUUGUUAUGCUCAUGGCGCUGAUUCCAGCCGGUGGACAUCUUGUGACUACAACUGAUUGUUACAGGAAGACUAGGGUGUUUAUAGAGACUGUGCUUCCUAAGAUGGGGAUCACGGCCUCUGUGAUUGAUCCUGCUGAUGUUGGAGCCUUGGAAUCUGCAUUGGAGCAGAACAAGGUGUCUCUAUUCUUCACUGAGUCUCCUACCAAUCCAUUCCUGAGAUGUGUUGACAUUAAGCUGGUUUCAGAGCUCUGCCACAAGCAUGGGGCUUUGCUCUGCAUUGAUGGUACAUUUGCAACACCUUUGAACCAGAAGGCAAUUGCCCUUGGUGCUGAUUUGGUUAUGCACUCUUGUACAAAGUACAUUGGUGGACAUCAUGAUGUCAUUGGUGGUUGCAUAAGUGGCUCUGGUAAGCUGAUUUCAGAAAUUCGUAUUUUGCAUCAUAUUUUGGGCGGUGUUCUUAACCCGAAUGCCGCAUACCUAUUCAUCAGAGGCAUGAAAACACUGCAUCUUCGUGUACAGCAGCAGAAUUCAACUGGAAUGGGGAUGGCCAAAUUUUUAGAGGCACAUCCCAAGGUGAAGCGUGUCUACUAUCCAGGCUUGCCAAGUCAUCCUGAACAUGAGCUUGCCAUGAGGCAGAUGACUGGUUUUGGGGGCGUAGUAAGUUUUGAGAUCGAUGGAGAUAUAGAAACCACAAUAAAAUUUGUUGAUUCACUGAAAAUCCCAUAUAUUGCUCCCUCUUUUGGUGGCUGUGAGAGCAUUGUGGACCAACCGGCCAUUAUGUCUUACUGGGAUCUUCCUGCAUCUGAAAGGGCGAAGUGGAAAAUUUAUGACAAUUUGGUUCGCUUCAGUUUUGGAAUUGAAGAUUUUGAGGAUUUGAAGGCUGAUAUUGUGCAGGCACUGGAAGUCAUAUAG